AUGGCAACAUCCUCUGUGGUGCUUUCAAUUUUAAUGACAAACACCCCAACGGAGACAUCCCCUGCGGCACCUUCAAUUUCAAUGUCAAACACCCCAACGGUGAUAUCCCCUGCGACGCCUUCAAUCUCAACCUCAAACACCCCGAUGGUGACAUCCCCCCGCAGCACCUUCAAUUUCAAUGUCAAACACCCCGACGGUGACAUCCCCCGUGGCACCUUCAAUUUCAAUGUCAAACACCCUGAUGGUGAUAUCCCCCGCGGCGCCUUCAAUCUCAACCUCAAACACCCCGACGGCGACAUCCUCCGCGGCGCUUUCAAUCUCAACCUCAAACACCCCGACGGUGACAUCCCCCACGGCACCUUCAAUUUCAAUGUCAAACACCCCGAUGGAGACAUCCCCCGUGGCACCUUCAAUUUCAAUGUCAAACACCCCGACAGUGAUAUCCCCUGCAGUGCCUUCAAUCUCAACCUCAAACACCCCGAUGGUGACAUCCCCUGCGGCACCUUCAAUUUCAAUGUCAAACACCCCAAUGGAAACAUCCCCUGUGGCGCCUUCAAUCUCAAUGUCAAACACCCUGACAGAGACAUCCCCAACAGAACCAUCAAUUCCAGUUUGACACCCCAAUGGAGCCACAAAUGA